GGAAAGGCAGUGAGGUCGGUGCCAACUGUCUGGCCACGAGGGUCGCCUCUUAUCUCUCUCAUUUCCUUUUUAUUUUACUCUUGCGUUCUGUAUCUCACAAUAUGAUUGAAUCAUCUUCAACGUUCAUCAAAUCUUCGAUACCUUUGUAUCACAAUGCCCUCAAAUCCAUUAUCUUCAAAUGCGCGGAAUUGCUUAUGGGUAUAUUUAUCUUUAAGCUAUUCUCGCUAGUUGCCGCCCGAUCAAGACAAUUCACAUCAUAUCUUAUGUUCACAGAGGAUUAUAUCCAACGAACACUCUACAUCUCAUCUCGUGGCUUGUCGCGAGCGGGACUAGUUGUUCUUGCUUUUAGCCUCAUGAAUAUUGUCUUUUCACUCUAUGGUACUCUUCUUUGGGCACUAGACUCUCCAGGCUACAUCUUCAGAGCGUCAAAUGCGACGGUUGCUGAUUACCAAUCCCAACGAAAUGGUGACCCUCCCUACAUCAUUCAAAUCGCGCUCGACGGGAGUCAGCUUGCGGACACCACAAAAAGACUCCCGCAAGUCAUUGGCUCUGGAUUAUUCAACCCUGGUCUCAACUACACUUUGACUGGGAAAGUCAGCAAUAACCACGGAACUCCUGAAGUUGUCUCACCAACACAACAAGAUGGUGUUGGUGCCCGUGUUUGGUUAGACAAUGACGGAUUUUCAGUUUCUCCUGACACUAUAUCAAUGUUACCUUUUAAAUCGACAAUUAACAAUGCGACCUUUCCGGACUGCGUGAGAUUCAACGGAGGCUCUGCUGUCUGGAAUUGCACUUUUGACAACGGAUUUGCACAGGACAUUGUGGGGGGCAUAACAGGCAAGCCCGAGGUUCAUUGGAGUAAUGCUACAGAACUCGAUACAAGAUAUAUUCUGCCCGAGAGAUUGGACAACAUAUGGGUAUCCGUUGGAACAGGCGGUGGUUCAGUCUUGAUGACCCAAGUCUUUACUGUUACUAAAGACAAGAGGCGGCAUACCUUCUCUCAGGCUACCCUGAAAGUUACCAUGAUAACAAGCCCUGGGAGCCCAUUUGCCAAAGAGGAAGUCACUGACAUUAUCCGACGGACCUGGAGUUCCAAUGAGACAGAACAAAGGAAUCCUCUUACUGGUCGAAUCGUCGACGGUAUGAUGAAUGCCCAGAAGAAUGACCUCAGUUAUCAAUUCGGCGCUAACACAGUCGACAACAACAACAAAACGGCUGUUCAAAGCAAUUGGGGCUUGUACACCCCGAUGAGCAACAACACUAGCCAGUAUUCCAUUGUCAGUAUCACCACCACAAACAUCACUCUUGUUCGAUCUGAAUCACUGGACAAAGCGCCCGAACCUUUUGAGAAAUGUGAAAGGUCGAACUUCCAGAAUGAAGCGUUUGGUGGAAAGGUGACCAAGACUGAUUGCGCUUCUUCCGCGCCUGCAGUUGGAAAACAGGGCUUUUAUGGCCAAGUUGACACAGCUGCUAUGAUGAUUAUGCGUGGGUUGGGUGCUCCUCGGUCAAACAUUAGCGCGAAGUCCCUCGACAACGAUGUCUUGACCUGGAUAUGGAACACUUCUGAAACAAUUGAGUCGUUGAUGAUUGCUAGAGGGUAUAGUGUCAGCGUCGACCCAUCACUUGUGCAGAUCAGCGUUGACAAAUUGAUGGUGGCCAUGUCCCAUUUGCAGUUGGCGCUUAGCUGUCUAGCUCUGUUCCUGGCUUUCAUAAUGUGGCUGGGUCUCAUGGUCUCAACUGAUGCACACUGGACCGGCACUCUCUUGGCAAACUUGAUACAUACAACAGCAGAGCCGAACAAGGUGAAACCAGGUUAUAUAGCACAUGCACCUAAUCUGAGCUUGGUACCCAUUGGCCAGAAACGUCUUUUGGCUGUGGAUGGCAGGGUUGUUACGGUUGCUGACCCAGCCCCUUUCCCUAUGCAGCCUGUGGGAAGCCCAGGACAUUACCCAGGUGAUAUUAAAGGGCACGCAAAUACUGGGGCUUAUCCAAUGGCUUCUCACGACCCCAACACUGGAAGGCAGGCACUCUUAUCCGGGCAUCAACAGGGCUAUACAAACGAGCGAUAAUGUCUAAUGGUCUAAUCUAUAUCUAUGACCAGAAUUAGUUUAGAGCUAUUUAUGAUUCUUAGUCGAAGGGUGACCCUGAGCUUCAGGCCAACUAGAUUAAGAGAAUAACUGCACUAUGUCCACUGGAAAAAGAAUUGCUUGAUAUGUGAUACAAUUUGUCCAUAAAAUAGACGUCGAGUUUCGAAACAAAUUUAGAGGCAAGAGCCUGCAAUUUCACAUGUAAUGGUCUGGAAGUCUUUGUUAUCUACUUCCUAUAAAGCAAAGACGAGCUGCGCAGGGGGCCU